GGGUGGGAAUUUCAACUUCAUUGGCUGAACCCUCCUGUUGACAUGGAGUCAUGUCAAAAUUGGUCAUCAGGAGGGAUCGGCCAAUCGUGAAGAAGAAAAUGGACAACUUCAAAAUGGAGAUUGCCUCCAUGGCGCUGCCCAUGCUGUCAAAACACUAUAAUAACACAAAUACAAAGAUGAGUCCUCUAUCUAUCUCUAUGGUGGGGAAACCCUUCUGAAAUCCGAUUCGUGAUCAGCCCAGUGGGCGAGGCUGAUAUAUGGUUGAUGUGACGUGUACUAAUGUAAACUGUCUUGCUAGCAGCCGCCUGUUGAAAAUUGUAUUGAUUAGCAAGGUUUCCCACUCGUUUCAGAGGCUUCAUUCAAUGACGAUGGAGUGGGUACGGUGGUGCCCCUAGCCCCGGCUGGUCUGUGGGAUGAGCGGGGUGUAGCGGCGGCGAACGGAACAGCAGAGUGACUGAGUGACGAGAAUGGGUAGGAGGGGCUGCAGGCUAGCUGUCUCCACUGCAGUCCUCUACGGCUCCCUGGCCCUGUUUGUCUCCAUCCUGCACAACGUCUUCCUGCUGUACUACGUGGAGACCUUUGUCUCUGUUUACAAGAUCGACAAGCUCUCCUUCUGGGUGGGAGAGGCAGUGUUUCUGAUAUGGAACAGCUUGAACGACCCUCUCUUCGGCUGGCUGAGUGACCGCUCCUUCCUCAGCUCCUCACAGUCUGGCACCCAGAUCUCUAGCCCAGAGGUGGUACUAAAGAGGUUGGCGGCCCUCUCCCGGAAUGGCCCCCUGUUCGCCAUCUCGUUCCUGGCCUUUUGGGUGUCAUGGGCACGGCCGGGCAUCCAGUUCCUAGUGUGCCUCUGCCUGUACGACGGAUUCCUCACCGUGGUGGACCUCAACCACAAUGCCUUGCUGGCCGACCUGGCCGUGUCGGCCAAUGACCGCACGCGCCUCAACUUCCACUGCUCGCUGUUCAGUGCCCUGGGCUCGCUCUCCGUCUUCCUGUCCUACAGCGUCUGGGACAAGGGCGACUUCCACUCGUUCCGGCUCUUCUGCGUGACGCUGGCGGCCGUCUCGGCACUGGGCUUCGCCACCGUGUCGCGCCUGUUGACGAGGCGAUUUGAGAAGGAGGCGCGUCUGAGGCAGGACGAGGCGCAGGCACUCAAGGAGUUGAGCAUUGUCCAGAACCCUCUGACUCAGCAGGAGACGCCAGUCACUCUAGGAGAGUAUCUAAGGCAGCUCUCCAAGCACAGAAACUUUAUGUGGUUCGCCUCUAUGAACCUGGUCCAGGUGUUUCACUGCCACUUCAACAGCAACUUCUUCCCUCUGUUCCUGGAGCACCUCCUCUCUGACAGCAUCUCUGCCUCCACUGGCUCCAUUCUGCUGGGGAUCUCCUACAUAGCGCCCCACCUGAACAACCUGUAUUUCCUGACCCUGUGCCAGCGUUACGGGGUGUAUACGGUCAUCCGCUGGCUGUUCCUGGUCAAGCUAGCCCUCAGUGUGGCCAUGCUGCUGGCCGGGGCCGACCAGGUCUACCUGCUGUGCAUCUUCAUUGCCAGUAACCGAGUGUUUACGGAGGGCACCUGCAAGCUGUUGAACCUGGUCAUCACGGACCUGGUGGACGAGGACUUUGUGGUGAACCGGCGCCAGCAGGCGGCAUCGGCGCUGCUCUUCGGCAUGGUGGCCCUGGUGACCAAGCCUGGCCAGACCUUCGCCCCUCUCAUCGGCACCUGGCUGCUGUGUGUCUACACAGGCUACGAUAUCUUUGAGAGAAACUCCGUACAGGACUCAGCGGCAGCGCCCCCUGUCUCGGGUCAAGCGAGCUCCACUGUUCCAUUGCGCCAGGGCUGUUUCUACUUGCUGGUGUUUGUGCCCAUCUCCUGCGCCCUGCUGCAGCUAAUGGCCUGGUCCCGCUUCACCCUCCACGGCCGCAGACUGCAGGGCGUCAAGGCCCAGAGGCAGGGAGCCCAGCACAGCCAUCUCAUGGACGUCAAGGCUAUCUGAUAGGAGGCCAGCUCGUCCGCACCUUCGCUCAACUGCGUAAUGCCAUACCACCCACUGCCAUUGGGUCAGCAGAGAGCAAUGUAGACUAGAGAACUGAUGAAAUCUCGCUUUCUAGCCAGGGACAAAAAUAUUUUUGGGGUGUGAAACAUGCCUUAUUUUGAUAUGAAGAGGACAAAGACUAUAUUUAUGUAUGAACUGAUGACCAAAUGAUACCACAGAGCCAAUCAAAGAAUGAGAAGCUCAUACCCCUCUCUGGGAUAGGGCAAAGGUGUGACGUCUACUCGCUGGAUAAACAGGAGGCAUCAUCCUAGGUUGAGGCGUAGCCUGGUAUGCAUUUCUAUCCCCAAAGGAAUACACAUUGUCACUAACCUUGCUAUUACAGUGUGGUUAACCAAAGCCAGAGUCUGCAUAGCUAGGUAAAUACCCAUCUUUCUGAUGUGUUUAGGGAAAUAUUAAGUACUGAAAACAGGUGUGUGUGCACAUGAGCAUAACAUCUAAAUCCUGAUUUGCAUAGACGUUGCUCUUGAAAUUGCAUUAAGGUUUGUGACCGUCACCAUGCUAUGUCUUCAUGAAGUACUACUAGUACUAAUCUGUAUUUUCAAAAGUCUAACAAAUGUUUUCUAUUUUUUUACUGUGACCGGUACUAAAAUAACUGCCAUCUCCAAUAUUCAACUCUGUUGUCUCCUAUGUUUUCUCACACAUUAUGUUUUAACCUGAUGCGUGGAAGCAUUUAGGUGACUAUUACAAAACAAGGCCCUAAACAACCUCUGUUUACAUUUGUACCCUAGAUCAGGAAAGAAAUGCAUUUUUAUAGACCAUGAAGAGAAUUGAGAAACCGAUUUGACUGAGCAUGAAACUAUGACCUGAUGACCUGAUAUAUGAUAAUCAUGGAGAAUACAUUCUGUACUUUUUGUUUCAAAGUUAUUUUUAUUACUGCUGCUACAUGAGUUGUCUGAGUGUUAAGGAGUCUUAAAUUCCAUUAUCAAUUUAUAUUUCUAAACAAAAGUAUUCUUGUAAUUUGUCAAAUACUGGAGACCCCUUCAUGGAAGUGUUUGAGUGACUCAGGAAUUACAGUUUCAGCACAAUGUGAUUUAAGUAACCAGAAGGAAAGCAGAGGUUAUCUUACAAGACAGCCUUACAGCAGAGAUGACUGUAUUUGCCAGCUUUGUCACAAAAUACUGUAUAAUGUUUGUCUGGUUGUACCACUGCUCAAUGUAGCAUCUGCCAUUUUCUGACUAUCAUUGACUUAUUAAAGUGAUCUCACUACUUGA